GGUAUGAGUGUCCAGUACCACGGCAAGCUGCCGCACCAUGAAAAGUCGACGUGGGACCAUCUGGUGCAAGCAGCACAGGGAGACGCGCUGAGCGCGUACAUUAGUGAUCACGGAUACGGCGAGAUCUUUGGUGUGCUUGAACCAACUCCAAAAGGAAAAGACUGCCGCAGGCACAGUGAAGAGAGACUCCCAUCGCAGUUACCAUGACACCCUCACAAAUUACCACCACGACUACUACGAACACCUGAGUAGAGCGGAAAAGAGAACCUGGGACGGACUUACAAACGCCGCCAAGACCGACACCGUCACCGCUUAUAUCUCUUCUAUCGGAUACGGACCCAUCUUCGGACUUCUGGAACCAACUGCAGAAGGAAGCAGCCAACGCAGCCUGAACCAAGGGAAGAAACUGAAUAAGGCUGGCCUGGGAACUCUUCGCUUUUAGGAGAGUUCACUUAAAAUAAAAGUACACUUAUUAAUUAAUCAC